AUGAGUGGAAAACCGUCACUCGAGACUCCUCCAUCUUCUACAACAUCUGGAAAACGCCUUGAUAUAAAAGCAAAACUGAUGAUCCAUAAUUUGUUGAGACCCAGUAAACUCGAUCAGGCACGUCUACCAUCAUCGCAUACUCUCAAACGGCAGCCACCAGAAGAAAAACCAGUUGUGAAAUCGAAGCCAGAAUUAACACCAUUAUUGGAUGUUGCGCCAGUUGUGAAAUCGAAGCCAGAACUAACACCAUUAUUGGAUGUUGCGCCAGUUGUGAAACCGUUACUAGAUUCAUCAAUACCAAUACCACUGUUGCAUGCCAAAUCUCUUGAGAGAAAUGACAAAAAACAACGAAAUUAUAGACCACAAGGUCAGCGUAAAUCUCAAACGAAUGAUACGGAUGAUAAAACGGAUGAUUCUCCACCGAGUAAUCUCAAUGAAACAAGUAUCAUAGCUAUAGUAUAUCCAUCGAACGAACAGUUACAAGCAUUAAAAAUAUGUUUCAAUAAAAUAAUUAAUGAAAAAUUUCUGUCGUCUGACAGUAUUUUGAAGCGACGAUGCUUGGUCGAAAAUAUUAUAAAAUCAAUAUUACAAAAACGACCAGAUUGUCGAAUUGAAACAUAUGGUAGUGUCUAUUUUGAAUGUUGUUUGGAACAAUCGGCUAUUAUUGAUAUUGAUGUGCAGUUUUGUGAAACAUUACAUUAUGAUACAUUAAAAGAGUUAUUGGAAAUUAUUCAGCAGACCGAAUAUUGUAAUGACGCUAAAAUUGAUCCAGAUCAUAAACCAUCGUGUAUUACUAUGUAUACCAAAGGAGAUAAACCGAUCCGUGUUCGUAUAACAUCUGGUUAUACACGUGGAAUAUAUCUAUCAAAAUUAAUUCAACUUUAUACAAAGUUUGAUAUACGAACCUUGAAAUUAAUGAGAUUAUUCAGAUAUCUAGCAAAAGUUUGUAAUAUUGAUGAUACAGAAUAUGGUACAUUGCAUCCGAUUGUUUAUCAUAUAUUAGUCAUUCAUUUCUUACAACAAAUUGAACCACCAAUAUUGCCAGUUUUACACGAACAUGUACAUUUUAUUAUGUAUGGCAUUAAUAAUGUACCAGUUACAUUAAAUGAACAAGAACAUCAAGAAUUUUUUAAAGCAUGUAACGAAUUUGAAAAAUCUCAUACGUGGAAAUCCAAAAAUAAAUCAUCUGUUGAGGAAUUAUUUUUACAAUUAUUAGCGUAUUAUUUACAAAUAUUUUCCGUAAAACAAUUGGUUGUAUCAAUUCAAACAAAAAUGCCCAUUUUAAAGGUGGAGAAAAAUUGGCAUAAUCGAAAACUACUUGUUGAAGAUCCAACUGAUAUCAAACGUAGUUUGUGUCACACCAUGCAAGCAAAACGUUCAUUAGAUUAUUUUUCUUUGUGUCUUCGAUCAGCGUUACUCUAUUUUGGUCGUAAACAGAUAUCUAAAAACCAUAAACAAGACAAUAAGAAUUCCGAAAUGGAAAAUCCCAACGAUGAUUUUAUUGUUAUUGAAUCUGAUGAUGUAUCUGAAAAUCUUUUACAAUUAUCAUUUCAAACAUUUGCAAAAAGCUUACCACAAACCAUCUUUCGUGAUCAUACAAUUCGUCAAGGACGAGUAAGAGAGUAUUAUAUUCGUUCCUAUACCGAACCACUACCCAAACCAUGGCUAACACUAAAUAAUAAAAAUGCAUAUGGUACUGAUGGAACGGAGUGGGAAAAUGAAGUCACCGAAGAAGUUGAAGAAGCUUUUCGUCAUGAUAUUGAGAAUGAUUACGAACGAAUGGACGAUAAUGAUCGAGACGACGAAAUACCAACGGAAAAUAUAUUAUAUGAAGAAGAAAAUGAGGAGAACGGAAUAGAAAUCGAAACAUUUGAAGAAGAGAAUGAACAAAAUGGAAUUCAUCAGGAUGUAUUUCAAUCAUCGUCAAUGAGUGAAGGUGAACAACAACAACAAUUUGUUAAUACUUCACCUGAAACACCGUCAUUAAACACAUCUCAUUUGAGUGAUGAGGAAAAGAGUUCACAAAAUAGUCCCGAAAAAGGUUUAAAUUCAGCUACCGAUGAUAUUGGCGAUGAUAAUAAUAAAGGUCAAGUUUUGAAUGAAAGAGUUUUAGAAGAGAACUUGGCAUCCACUGUUGAAGCAAAUUCAUCCUCGAUCGAUAAAACCGUCGUAACAGAUGAAAUACUAUCGAUAGCAUCUUCAGCAGAACUCUUGUCGACAAAGCACACGGUGUUCGAACCAUCCACCAGUAGUAAAAUAUUUGCUACUAACUCAUUGUCAAUAGAAGAACUCUUACCAUCAGCAUUAUCAUCGCCGACAAACGUCAAUGAUGAGCAAACAAUAAUAACAUCAACAGACUCAGAAUAUUUUUAUAAUUUUCUAGCAGAAAAUUUUGGUGCAGAACAAGGUGCACCUUAUUAUUGUACAAUCUGCAAUGGUUCUGAUCAUUUAAAAUCAAAAUGUCCCGAGAUGAUUAUGCCUGAUUUAGCUGAAAUUAAGUCAUUAAGUAAAAUCUGGUUGGAUAAAUUAUCUGAGAUAUGUCAUGAAAUAACAUGUUAUUAUGAACCCACCGAAAGUGGUAUUCGGUCACGCAAACAAAUUUUAUGUCGUUUAGAAAAUUUAUUUAAAAGUGUGUAUCCUGAGUGUACAUUGCAUGCAUUUGGAUCGUUUUAUAAUGGAUUUGGUUUUAAGAAUAGUGACUUGGAUAUUUGUGUAAUAUUCAAAGAUAUCACAGAAUAUGAUCGUGAACGAUCUAUGCAAAUCAUGCAAAAAUUAUUGUCCAUAGUACGCUCAUGUGAAGAGUUUUGUAAUGUAAUACCUGUUUUACAUGCCAAAGUACCUAUUAUACGUUCAAAACACGAAUCGGAAAUUGAUAUUGAUAUUAGUUUACAUAAUACAUUGGCUCGUGAGAAUACACGUUUAUUACACACGUAUUCAUCAAUCGAUACACGAGUAGCUCAACUGGGUUAUAUGCUCAAGUUUUUAGCUAAAACAUACGAUAUUGGCGAUGCUUCUCAAGGUACGCUUUCAAGUUAUUCUUACAUUAUUAUGCUUAUACAUUUUCUUCAACAAAUAACACCACCCGUACUACCUAUUUUACAACAACCAAAAAUUUGGAAAUCACAAAAUACUUCGUGUGUGGGUGAAUUAUGGAUUGAAUUUUUACGCUAUUAUACGGAAACAUUCAAUUAUGAAGAACAUAUUGUAUCCAUAAGAAGAUUACAACCACUUUCAAGAUGGGAUAAAGGAUGGUUUCGACUAACAUUAGCUAUUGAAGAUCCAUUUGAAUUAUCACAUAAUUUGGCUGGUGGUUUAUCUAUCAGAAAUUGGAUAUUUAUUCGUCGAGUUUUAAUUCAUGCACGAAAGGCAUUUGUUUCUGAACCAUCGUGGGAUAUUUCGAAUGCAACAUAUAUUACUUUAGAGCCUUUAUUAUUUAAUGUUGCUGAAUUACGUUCAAAACGUUGUGAAAACUCUAGGCAUCCUUAUUAUCUUCGUAAAAAACAUCCAAAAUUCGGUACACGAGGUAGCGAAAAAGAAAGAGAAAAACAACAAAUAAAAACACAAAAUGGAUCUUAUCAACGAUCACCAGCAAAUCAAAAGUCGAAAACAAAUGGAUAUCGAGAAGAAAGGAAAAAUCAACCAAGAUAUAAUAAUCGGUCUUCGUAUUCCAGUCAAAAUGGUUUCGAUGCUUCACUAACAAAUUCGUUGAACAAUGAUGUUCACAAAUCAAAACAAACAAAUUCACCAUAUAAUUCGCAUCAUUAA